GCUGUCCUAGAGAAACUCUUGCUCAUGUGAACCAGGAAACAUAUAUCAAGAAUGUUUAUAGCAGAGCUGUUUGUAAAAGCAAAAGCCCAGAAACAACUCAUUUUUUUAUUAAGGAGGGAAUGGACAAACUGUUGGUAUAUUCAUAUGAUGGUCUACCACAAAGCAGUGAAUGAAUGUACUGAAGCUCUGUGAAUCAGUUUGGAUGCAUUUCAGUGUCUUAAUUUGUACUCCACUCAAAGCAGAGUGUGAAACAAGUCCUUCCAUGCAAAAGUUUAUUUAGGAGGUGAUCCCAGGAAUCAGAAAUGGUGAGUGAGAAGAAAAGGAAGAAAAAAACGAUAAAAUGUGCAUUAUUGAGCUACUGAUGACUGUUGGCCUCUGUGCUCAUUCCCACUGGGAACUCUCUGAGAAUUGUGUAGAAUACAGUUUAGAACUGUUCCUCUGAAGGUGUGAGGCUAGAGUAUUUUUUUUCCACUGACUCACAUGACCACAGGUUGAUCCCCUAGGACAUUAACUUUCGUGAACUCCUGGGCUCCAUUUAGGCCAAACAGUCUUCCCAGGCUCUGUAGAGAGCCUGAGUCAAACGAGCAACGAGCUGCUGUGGCUUUUGGAGUGGCAUGCUGGCAGCUUGUCUCCAAGUCUCGGUUACCCCGAAACAGAGUGGGGCUGAGGGGACAUGGUUCAGGCCACCACAGGUGUUUGUUAGACUCAGAAAGUAAUGUUGAGUGAAAAAAAGGAAGUCAAGGAGAAUUAUGUACAAUGUACUCCAUCUUUAUAAGGUUCAAAAAUACACAAAAAUACAUAAUGCAUUGUUAAGUAUACAAUUAUAGAUGUUAUAAGUAUACAAUUAUGUAUAUAAUGAAAGCCGUCAAGGCAAGCAAGAAAGGGUUUACCACAUGUUGGGAGACAGUAGGCAAGUUUGCUUGUCAGAAAGCACAGGUCAGGGUGCAGCUGGAGAUAAAGGUAGUGAGUUAAAGUGGAUGUCUAAUUGGUGGGUGUCUUUGAAACCAAUCUUCAACUUUACUCAGAUUUGGAAAGUAAAUGAGAGCAAGUUUUUCAGAACGAGUGUUUUAGGAUCAAAACAUUUAAAAAGGAAAUAGCUAUGUGGUUAGCUUGGGAGGGAAAAGAAGCAAGGAGCAAAGAUCCCUCACAUUGGUGGCACUCAGAGUUUCUCUCACUUUUAGGGAGGCUCCUCUUUGCUCUGUUCCUUUAUCAGAGGCAGACAGGCAGGGCGUAGCUCGUUAGUGUAUGGGGACAGCUAGAAGGGAGUCUGUGAGACAGACUGAAGGAGCCCCUGGCUGUGGGCUAAGGAAGUUAGAAUAAAAGAUGAACUUUUCUCAGACCCUUCUUCAGAGCCCUCCCUGAUCCUUCUGCCUGAUCUCCCUGUAUGGAUAGAGGGAGUGUUCCCAGCUUGGAGACUCCAGCUCUGCCGGUGAGAGACAAAAGGCCCCUGAUUCCAAAGGCGUUCGGAUGGAGAUGGCAAGUUCCUCUGGCUCCCGAUUCUCCAGCUGCUUCAUCACACUCGUCUGCCUCCAGCUGCCUGUGAAUUUGUCAGGGGACGCCGGCAGGUUCUACCUGGCUCCGCUAGGGGGCAUAGCCAAGCUGCUCUGCCCUCUCCCGCUCUCGUCUGUCACGGUGCUCCCGGAGGUGCGGUGGCUGCGGUCCUCGCCCUGGGGACGCUCGCAGGCAGUUCACGUGUUCCGGGAUGGGAAAAACCGCGAGGAAGAUGUGAUGCCAGAAUAUAAGGGGAGGACGGCGCUGGUGAGAGACGACCGAGAGGGAAGUGUCACACUGGAGAUCCGCGACGUCCAGCUGGAGGACCAAGGGCCAUACCGAUGUCAGGUCCAGAUUGGAAACCUCAGUCGAGAGGGCACCGUGAUCCUACAGAUUGCAACCCCAUCUCCAGGAAGGAUCUCCUCCUCAGCAUUGGCUCUUGCUGUGAUCCUGCCUGUCCUGGGGCUUCUCAUUGUCCUGGGCAUUUGCCUCAUCUGGAAGCAAAGAAGAUCAAAAGAGAGGCUUCUCUAUGAACAGGUGAUGGAGGUAGAAAAUCUUCUCGCAGAUCAUGCGAAAGAAAAAGGAAGGCUCCAUAAUGCCCUCAAGAAACUCCGGAGUGAACUGAAGUUGAAAAGAGCUGCAGCCAACUCAGGCUGGAGAAGGGCCCGGCUGCACUUUGUGACAGUGACCUUGGACCCCGACACAGCACAUCCUAAACUCAUCUUGUCUGAGGACUGCAGAUGUGUGAAGCUUGGAGACAGAAGGCAGCCUGUGCUGGACAACCCCCAGAGAUUUGAUUUCGUUGUCAGCGUCCUGGGCUCCGAGUGCUUCAUGGCUGGUUGUCACUACUGGGAGGUGUAUGUGGGAGACAAGACCAAAUGGAUCCUGGGGGUGUGUAGUGAGUCAGUGAGCAGGAAGGGGAAGGUCACCGCCUCGCCUGCCAACGGACACUGGCUUGUGCGACGGAGUCGUGGGAACGAAUAUGAAGCUCUCACAUCCCCACAGACCUCAUUCCGCUUGAAAGAGCCCCCGUGCUGUGUGGGGAUUUUCCUGGACUAUGAAGCAGGAGUCAUCUCCUUCUACAAUGUGACUGACAAAUCCCACAUCUUUACUUUCACUCACACGUUCUCGGGCCCCCUUCGUCCUUUCUUUGAACCUUGCCUUCAUGAUGGAGGGAAAAACAUGGCACCUUUAAUCAUCUGUUCAGAACUCCAGAAAGCAGAGAAAUCAACUGUCCCCAAGCCAAAAGAAAAAGGCCAUGCUAAUGGAGAUGUGGCCCUGAAGGUGGACUCUUCCUUACUGCCCCCUCAGGCACUGAAUGUGUCCUGGCCUCCUGACCUUGGCCCGGCCCUCCAGGGGCUCAAAGUUCCUUAUUUUUAGGGAGAUUCCUUAUUACCUGCUCCCUUGACCAACCAGCCCAGUGCUCUGGAUUUUAGUCUCCUGGUCCAACACUGGAUUCUGGAACAUUUUAUCACCUUUCCCUGAAUCCAGAACCUUUUGUGGUUUCUAUUUGUACCACCUUUCUCCCAGGGCUCAGUUCUAAAUCUUAUCUCCUCCUGGUCACUUGCCACUUGCCCUGGAAGAAGUCUUGAAAACCAAAUGAAUAGUCAGAUUAGGUUUACGUGGUAAUGUUGAAUGUGUGUCACUGAAAUCCAGGGGUUCUCUAUUCAAGGGGUUAUGUAGAAGGACUUCAUCCCACCUCAUCCUGCACUUAGGCCUUUAGUCAUGAAGUUAUGGGGCCCAGUCCCUGAAUCCUUACUUAUAUCAUCAAGAAUUGCUUUUCUCCUUUUCUCAGUUCAGGCCUCUAGCUCCUAAAGCCAUCUUUUUUCAAAUGAACAUAUUUUGGAUCACGCUCUCUUCCUUCUUCCUUCUGGAAUAUAGUAUGGGGGCAGGGCAGAGGGGUAAAACAUACCAUCUUUUAUUUCCUUGAUGCUGUGCUAAUGUACAUGUUUUCAAAGCUAAUUUACCUAUUGAUAAUAACCAGAAACAGAACUUUAAAUGUGGUAGCCGCAACCUUGAAAAGCCUCAGGAGUACAAUCAGGGAGCUGGGAAGCACAGCUUCAAACACAGCAGCUCAGCUGUGUGUGGCCUUGAAAAGACAGCUACGGAUGAGUCAGUUUGUUGCACUGGCCCUUUUGAAUCCUCCCUAGGAUUCGGAGAGGCCCAGCUUAAAAAAAAGUGGCAGUUUUAACCAGCAAUGUAGGCACUUUUUUUUCUUCCAUAACACAUUACGCUGAAAGACUUGACUAUUUGUGUAGCAAACGGACUCUUUGUGUAGCAAACAGGUCAGAGAAUAUUGAUUUCAAAUAGAAAGUUGAUAGACCAGGUGUGAAAAUAAAUAAUGAAACUGAUUUUUUGGUGUGGAUUGCAGAGAGAAACCUAGUCACUUUCAAGUCACACCACAUAUGUGAUCUGGCUUCUUUUUGAAGAUAUUGGCUAUCAGUUUGCAGAUAGGUACUUGGUUCUACCCAACAGAAACUGGAUCUUUUUGUCUGUCAGUUCUUUCUAUUACUUUGUUAGUGCCUGUAUUAGUCAGGAUUCUCCAGAGAAACAGAGAAAAACUAUAUAUCCUGGUUCUCAAGAGGUUAUAAGGAAUUCGGUCCUAUGAUUAGGGAGGCUGGCAGGUCCCAAGAUCUGCAGGGUUAGUCCCCAGGGGAGCCCAUAGUUUAGUUGCUGUCUGAGUGUGGAGGCCCAAGACACAGAGUGCCUAUGGUGUGAUUCCAGUUUGAAAUCUGACAGGCUUGAGACCCAGGAAGAACCAAUAUUUCAGUUUUAGUCUGAAAGAAAGAAAAAAGUCUGAAGAGUGUCAAGUAGGAAGAAUUUUCUCUUCCUAGGGGGAGGGUCAAGCCUUCAACUGAUUGGAUAAGGCCCACCAAUGUUAAGGAGGGCAAUCUUUACUCAAGCUAACGAUUUAAAUGUUAAUUGCAUCCAAAAAUACCCGCACAGAAACACCCAGAAUAAUAUUUGACCAAAUAUCUGGCCCCCCUGUAGCCUAGCCAAGUUGACACGAAAAAAAUCA